AUGUUCUCGCGCAAUUUACUCACUUCAUGUAGAGCUCCAUCGAAAGAUGUCUCUUGUCUUCGCCGUGCGUUGGCUACCGAGGCUUCCCUAGGCUCGUCCACGACCGCCUCGACUGCUCCUCCGGCGUCCUCGAAACGUUCCACUCGUCCCAAAAUCACGACAGCAAUCAUUUUGAACCGAUCCCCCACUCUUACGCGCACACCCACCCCCUUCGAACGCGCUUAUUAUGCAUACCAAGCUCGAAUACGCCGUGCAUUGCACAACCCGUUUCCUUAUGAGUUCUAUUUUAAACAGGGUUCUCUACUCGAAACUCGCUUCAACAUAGAGGAGGCGGAGAGGGAGCAGCUGGCAUUCGGAAAGGAUUUUACCGGAGAAGUCGUGACGAAUGAGAAGGAGGAAGCCAAUAAGAGAGCGGUCGCUCAGCUGAGCCAGCAAGAGGGUGAAGGCGAAGUCAUUAUGUCCAGGACUCACGAAGCAGACAUCAAGAAGGACACCAAAAGCUUGGAUAGGAAGGGUGCACGGAAUCUCUACCUCUUAUUGCGGGUCGACCAGGAUGGUAAGCAAGUCUGGAGGUUCCCUCAGGGUGGUGUGGAAAAGGGAGAGUUGCUACAUCAAGCAGCUCAGCGAGACCUCUUUGCCGAAUGUGGGCCUCACAUGGACACCUGGGUCGUCAGCCGCAACCCAGUGGGCGUGUCCAAAUCCCCCGCAGAAGCAACGAAGGAUGGACAAGAGGAUGUCACAUUCUUCUAUAAAGCCCAUAUAAUGGCUGGUCAAGUCCGUCCGACACAAGCAUCCGUCUCCGAUUUCGCCUGGUUGACCAAGGAAGAAAUCGAAUCUCACGUCUCUAAGGACUACUGGGAGAGUAUCAAGGACAUGCUCUCCGAGCAUUAG